AUGCAAGGAAGCUACAAGUGGCUCAGCAUCUUAUCUGAUUUAGUAUCGGUUUACAACAGCACGAAACAUCGAACCAAAAGAAUAAAGCCGUCGGAUGUCACCGUUGCGAACGAAAGACUGGUAUUACGUCAUGCGUAUGGAGAGCUUCGAGCCAAACCUACCAAACCGACAAAGUUCAAAACCGGUGAUGAAGUUCGAAUCAGCAAGUUCAAAAACGUCAUUGAGACAGGUUACACUCCCAAUUGGACGACUGAAAUAUUCACAAUGAGCCAAGUAGAAAAUACCAAUCCCGUGACGUACAAGCUCGAAGAUUACUAA